AUCUUUUUUAUGGCUUGGAACAGCUCCUAAACACCAUAAAAAAGAAUGGAAGGAGAUGAGGAGUCUGAUGAAGAUCUCACUGAAUAUGCUGUUCAGUUUAGUAUCCAGGAGUCCCUCAAUACUGGACAGAAUCAGCAAAGGACUUCUCCCAGUCAUGAGACAAGGUUUGUACCUGUUAGUGAUCAGAACAAGAAACUUGUAGCUGCCAUAAGAGAAGGAGUAGUCUUUGAUCUUCAAAACUAUGUAAAAUACAAAUACUCUCUGGAUGAGGCUGAUGAGAGAGGCUGGUUUCCUUUACAUGAAGCUGCUGUUCAGCCAAUUCAGCAAAUACUUGAAGUAAUCUUGGAUGCAUCUUAUAAAAGUAUGUGGGAAUAUAAGACGUGUGAUGGAGAGACACCAUUAACAUUGGCAGCCAAAUCUGGCCACGUGGAACAUGUCAGGACCUUGUUGGCAAAGGGAGUUUGGCCAAAUACCAUGAACAGAAAAGGAGAAACGCCUCUUCUGAUUGCUGUAAGACAGAAAUCACAUGAAAUGGUUUCCAUUCUGAUUGAUUACAAUUGUGUCAUCAACCAACCAUGUGUUAAACGAUGGUCAGCAAUGCAUGAAGCUGCAAAACGGGGCUGCAGUGAUAUUGUUGCCCUUCUUGUGAAGAAUGGUGGAAAUGUACAACAGAAAGAUGGAUACGGAGUAACACCUUUAGGUGUGGCUGCUGAAUAUGGACACUGUGAUGUAUUGGAGUAUUUAAUUCAUAAAGGUGGUGAUAUUAACAUAACAGCUGAUGAUGGAUCAUCAAUACUCUUUGAAGCAGCUGGUGGUGGCAAUCCUGAUUGUAUAACUUUGCUGUUGGAAUACGGGGGAAGUGGCAAUUUGCCUAAUAAGGCAGGGCAUCUUCCAAUACACAGAGCAGCAUAUGAAGGACACUAUCUGGCCUUGAAAUUCCUGAUUCCAGUUACAUCCAGAAGUGCAAUCCGGAAAAGUGGGCAGAGUCCCAUCCAUUCAGCAGCAGAUGGCCAGAAUCCACAGUGCCUGGAACUCCUAAUUGAAAAUGGGUUUGAUGUCAAUUUUCUUCUGGCAGAACACAUUUCACAAAGUUAUGAUGAUGAAAGGAAAACGGCACUUUAUUUUGCAGUUUCCAACAAUGACAUUCUCUCCACUGAAAUAUUAUUGCAAGCUGGCGCAGACCCCAAUAAAGAUCCUCUCAAUUGCCUUCUUGUGGCCGUGAGAGCAAACAACCAUGAAAUUGUACGGUUGCUUCUUUCUUAUGGAGCAAAUGUCAACUGUUAUUUUAACCUUGUGAAUGACACUCAUUUUCCCAGUGCCAUUCAAUAUGCCUUGAAUGAUGAAGUCAUGCUAAGGUUGCUGCUUAACCAUGGGUACAAUGUGGACCUCUGUUUUGACUGCAUGCAUGGCAAUAUCUUUGGAAAUUCUUUUUUGUGGCCAACAACAGAGGAAGAGAUAUUACCAGGCUGGACAUCUUGUGUAAUUGAAGAUAACCCCUUCUGUGACUUUAUUACACUUCCUUGGAUGAAACAUUUAGUUGGACCCAUUGUCCGCAUUUUGAUAGAUUAUAUGGAUUAUGUUCCUCUCUGCACUAAACUUAAAUUUGUUUUGGAGACUCAGGAAGAAUGGUCAGAAAUCCAGCAAAUAUUAGAGAAUCCUCGUCCACUAAAACAUUUGUGCCGCCUGAAAAUACGUAAAUAUAUAGGAUUAGUGAGAAGAGAGACGACUCCAUCCGUGAAGAAUCUUCCUCUCCCCCCAAUUUUAACGGAAUUUAUCCUCUUCAAAGAAUACGAUCUUUAUGGAAGAGAAUUACAUUUGGAAUGAUCAAAAUCCUAGACACAUUCCCUUGCUUAUUGAAGUUAACUAAGCUUUGGAUCAGAAUAUCUAAAUUGCCAAAUAUGAGAUGACUUCUAAAGAUUUCCUUAGGCCCAUGGAAGAGAUUUUUUUUAUACCUGACGCUUGAAUUUUUUUGGGGGGGGAGGGGGGAAUGACACCAGCUCCAUUGCUUCAUUUCCAUUUGUGUCAUAGAGACUUUACAUGUGGGAACUCUUAUAUCAACUUUAUACCUACAUACAGUAUUUGCAGAACUCUGCUAGUUUUCCCUCCUGCCUAUGCAUCUUGGUUUUAGUGUGUUUCCCCACCAUCUUUUCCAUUUCCGUUUGAAAUAGAGAUUGUUCAAUUGUCAAAAAAUAGUUUUGUUUUCUUAACACACAUCAUAAUUAAAUUCUGGAUAUAUUCUAAUAGAAAAUAUUUCUUAUUAUGCAAUAUAACCUGUAACAUUAAAUCUGGAAGAGUUAAAAGAUGUGUUAAAUAUUAUGUGGAUUGUAUUUAAACAAGAAUUUUCUUUUGCAUUUUCCUCUAUUUUUCACGGCUUGCAGAUUAGAAGCACAGCACUCAUAUAAUUCAUUUUGUUUUAGGAUUAUUUUGCAGGGCAAUUCACUAUAUUUUAUCACCUGUCAAAUAAGACAAACAUAGAUUUCUAUUGAUUUGAUGUGCACAUCUCAGUUUUUCUUCUGUAUACAUAUAUAAAUAUGUGUAGGUGCACACAAACAUAUACAUAUGUACAAACAGUUCUUAUAUAAAGCCUGUUUGUUUACAGGUAGAUUAUCACUGAACAUACAAAAUGCUUGUUCUAAAGAGAGAAUGCUAAUUUCAAUAUGCAUACUGAUUUUUUUGAAAUUCUGGCAUGCAUGGAUGCCUGCUGGAUUUUCAUGGGUAUCACAAUCCGGAGGCUUAGCUAUCCAUUAAAAGCUUCAGGCACACCCUGAACAAUUUCCUAAAGUGACCAAACAGUUAUUUUUAAUGAGGCAGAAAAACAAUUCAAUAACGAGAGUAGUACUAUUAAUUACAUAAUAACUAUAAUGAAUUCUUAUUGAAUGUAAAUGAACUUAACUUUAUUUUUUUCUGAAUUUUGAGAGUGUACUUCUACCAUUCAAAGGUUAAUAAAUGCAGUUUCUGUUUUUUAAAUGGUUAAA